CCACCAGGAUCUACAGUACUCACAAGCAGGUGCUCGGGUGCGCCCUGGGCGGAAGAGAUGCACCUACCGCCACUUGAUACGUUCAAGAUGGAACGUCCGGCGCUGUCGCAGAACAACUUUCGUCUCAACUACGACUACGAGAAGAAAGAGAAGAAUGCCCUCGAAACUUUCAAGGAGCGCAACCUGGACGGCUUCAAACUGUCAAAAUGGGCAAAGCAGACGCUGCCUGUACUCGACUGGGUGCCCAAGUACGACUGGAAGGUGGACGGCCCGUGCGACCUGAUCGCUGGCAUCACCGUCGGAAUCAUGCACAUCCCCCAAGGUCUCGGCUACGCCCUGCUGGCCAAUGUCCCUCCGGUGGUGGGCAUCUACAUGGCCUUCUUUCCGAUGAUCCCCUACUUCUUCCUCGGCACCUCCCGCCACAAUUCGAUGGGCACGUUCGCCGUGAUCUGCUUGCUCGUGGGCAAAUCAGUGUCCUCAUACGCCAUGAACCCGCUCUACACGCACGAGGUUCUUAAAGAGGUCAACGGCACCAUGACCAAUGUGCAGGAAAUGUAUACUGAUUUGGAAAUUGGAACGGCCGUCACAUUUUACUGCGCCGUUUGGCAGUUGGUGCUGUAUUCGCUGCGUCUCGGUGUCGUGUGCACCCUUCUGUCGGACGCGUUGGUGAGCAGCUUCAUCACCGGGGCCGGCGUGCACAUCUUUACGUCGCAAAUCAAAGAGAUCGUCGGCGUCAAGGUGGCCAAGUUCAAAGGGCCCUUUUACAUGCUCUACAUGUACAAAGACAUGUUUGAGAAGAUUUGGGACUCGACGCCCGAGACGAGAACGACCAUGUAUGUGGCGCUCAUUAUCUCGGCCAUUUCCAUCGGCUUGCUUGUUCUCACCGCCGUCGUCAUUAGGCCGUGGCUCGAGAAGUACACAAAGGUGCCGUUUCCCGCUGAGCUGAUCCUCGUGGUGGCCGGCGUGUACGCUUCGGUGAACCUUCAACUACCCGAGAACUACGGUACCAGGGACAUCGGUGACAUUCCCACUGGCCUGCCCGGUCCGCAAGUACCGCACAUCGAGCUUUUCUCCAUACUGAUCGUGGACAGUUUCGUAACAGCCAUUGUAGCGUAUGCCGUGUCCAUGUCCAUGGCGUUGAUCCUGGCCGAAGGGGAGGACUAUGAAGUUGAUCCGAAUCAAGAGCUGCUCGCUCUGGGCGUCGGCAACUUGGUCAACUCGUUUUUCUCCUGUGUCACCUACGGCGCCUCCCUGAGUAGGAGUAUGGUGCUCAGGGGCGUCGGGGGCCGGACACAGUUCACCGGCCUCAUCGCCAGCUUUCUCAUCGUCAUCAUCCUCCUCUGGAUCGCUGACUUCUUUGAACCCCUUCCAAGAGCUAUCUUGGCGGCAAUCAUCAUCGUGGCCCUGCGCAAGAUUUUAAUUCAGGUGUUCGACCUGCCCGUUUUUUGGCGCCGCUCUCGCGCUGACGGAAUUGUCUGGAUCAUCGUCUUCCUCAUCGUGGUUAUUGUCGACGUGGACGUCGGUCUGGGAGUGGGUUUCAUCCUUUCGGUCGGCAACAUUUUCAUGCAAGGCCUCAAGGCUUACACGUGUCUGCUGGGACAUGUACCCAACACUGAUCUCUACCUUGAUAUCGACAGAUACAAAGCGGCGCGCGAGCUGCCGGGAAUCAAAAUCGUGCACUACCGAGGAGGUUUGAAUUUCGCCACCAGGGACGGUUUCAAAGAAGAGGUGAUCAGAUUGACGGCGAUCGACCCGAAGAGGGAGGGCAGGCAGCGUGACAAGAUUCUCAAAAUCAAGAAAAUGCAGGAUGGCGGUCUGACCAACUACGGUUUCAUGGCCGACAACUUCGGCUCAGCGGAAGCGCCCGCAGACAGGAGGGCCAAAAUCUGGUGCAUCAUCCUCGACUUAUCCGCCUUGAGCAGCAUUGAUCCGGCCGGCUCGGACAAGAUCAAGUCGGUGGUGCACGAGUACAAGCAGGUCGACAUCACCGUCUGCAUCGCCGGUGGAUCAGACCAAGCGUACGAGAAGAUGAAAAAGUGCGGCUUGUUUGAGGGCAACGACGCCGUUCCCGCCUUCCCGACGGUGCACGACGCCGCGGUUCACUGCAAGCGGGCCAUCAUCGAGUCGGAGAGGCUGUGAAAAAUCAUUUCCCGUCAUGCGAAAACAUUGCGUCGUUUGUAUCAAACUCUACACACAUAUUGCACGUUUAAUAAUAAAAAAGCACCGACACACA